CAAAAAACCCAGAACCAACAACAACAAACUCAAGAAGCAGCAGCAUGAGCUCACCAACAAACAACCAACAACAACAACAGCAGCAGCAGUACCACCGACAACAACGAGCACACCACCAAAUCAACAUCAACCCAUCACCAACCCAACAACAACAACAGACACCACCCUCACCCACUAACAACAACAUCCCAUACUCAGACCACUCACCAACCCAACAACAACAACAACAACAACAACAUCAACAACAGCAACAUCGACAGAACCAACUCGAUCAGGAUGUACAGGCUGCACUCCACUUCAGCAGAGCAAGAGCAGGCACACUCGACCUAUCUCACUCACCACCAAACUCAUCAGCACUCAAACAACAACAGCCAAACGAACAUCCAAGCAACAUCCUAUGGUCAAACCAAGACCUACUCACCGGAUCAACAACAAACGACCCAUCCCAACAGCCACCCAGCCCAACCGUACUAAGCCCACAGGCACUCUUCAUCGACCUCUCAGCCGAACAGCUUCACGAGCAAACCAACACCGACUUCCCCCGACUCCCAAGGCGCCCACCAUCCGAUAACUCAUUCGACAGCAGCCAUGGCGCAUUCAUCGACCAUCGUCCACCCAUCCAUUCCACCAGCCCAGCACAACAACAACAACAACAACAUCCAAACUCAUCAUCCCCAUCCAACCUACUCAUCAGCCCCUCAAUCGACCAUCAUCACUACCGUCAACAACAACAACAACGACCUCGUUAUCCAUCCGAAGCACACCACCAUCGAGCCCAUCCCCCAACAUCCUCACGUCUCCACUCAACCCCACCUAAUCUGCCCAACCAUCAUCACCUUCUCCAAGACCCUCAAUCAGCCAACCGACCCAUCAGCGACCCCAGCCAUUCCCAUCGGACCCUAUCACUAAGAGACCGCCUCAGACGAGCCUCUCCAGACCCAUCAGCCCCGAUCAGAGAGCCCCUCCCAGCAGCCGUCGGACGCAACUACUCCCAGGGCUCGAUCCCCACCCACAAGCUCACCAACCAACACCGACUCUUCCGGCCCUCGAGCAUCCAUGACUCCUCUUCGGCUGCCUCGCCGCGUCCAUCCCAGGCCGAAGAAGACGUCUGCUUCCCCCGUCUCCCCGACCCUGACCGGCCCAUCCUCGACCCACACCACCACCACCAUCAUCAUCAUCCGACGAUCGGAGACUCUCUCGGACAUGUAGGUCAAUCGACUACCACCGCUGGCAUGUUGCCCCACUUCCCCUUCCCCUUCAACUUCCAGGCUCUCGAGGAAUUUGCCCAGGCCGAAAGAGAGACCCUGGAGACCAUGAAGAGUCGGCAGAUGUUAGCGGAAGAGCCCAUGUAUCGCGGCCCCCCUAUCAGUGGUGGCUUUCCAGGCUCCCGAGUCCAACACCACCACCACCACAAUAGGAUGGGCCGGAGUCUCUUGGAGGACCAGCUGGGUUCUCCGCCCGACAUUGAAGAGGAGGACGAGGAUCCGACGCUGAUCAAGGACGGUGUCCGGCGCCGCAAGAUCGGCUUCCUGCCGGCCUCGAUCCACAUCGAUGGAGCUGGCUCGCGGACGAUGAGCAGUGGCGAGCUGGGAGGUGAGGAGGACGGAGGAGGAGGAGGAGGAGGUCGACCGAUGGGUGCCCGAAGACUGAGCGAGAACCUGCGGCCGAUGAGCACGACCAAGCGCAAACUGGCGCUCUUCGAGGGCACCGGACUAAGCGGCUUCAGUCUAGGCUCGCAGACCGAGGCGGGCUCAGCGAUCAGUGGUGGGCCUCAGCAGAAGGAGAACAAUCCGAGGGGCGGACUAUUGAUGGCUGCUGCCAAGGGUCGCUUCCCGGGCAUCCAUCCAUCCUCUGCCCCUCCCUCCUCCGCCGCUCAUAACCACGACUCCGGCAGAGCUCCUGCCGGCCAAGUUCGCUGGGCCGCUCAUCAUCCCGCCGAACGGCCCUACCGCUUCUCCUUCUACUCCAACGCUCUCCCCUCUACCAUCCAUGCUCGUAGUCUCUCUGAAAUCCCAGGCAAAGGGCAGACCUUGGAAGAGCUCUUUCUCGGCAGGACUCAACAACAACAACAAUCCUCCUCCUCCGUCGAUAUCCCUGGCGCAGAUACAUUGACCGCCGAGCCCCCCGGCCCAAACAUCGGCCACUCCUCCUCCUCCUUCACUAACUCUUCAUCGGUCCCUAAUCCUAACGACUUGGGUCUUCUAACAGAUGCCCAAAUCGCCGCCGCCGCCGGGCCCAACCUCCGCUCCUCCACAAUCGAUCCCCUCGCGACUGCCUCCCCCGAUAAUGACGAGUCGUCCAAGAACGCAAAGCCUAGGUCGAGGUCUGGCGUCCUUCUUAGGUCCGAUGAGGACGCCGAGGCUUCUACUUGGUGGUUGGACGUGCUUUCUCCUACCGAUCAGGAAAUGAAAGUGUUUGGGAUCCAUCCGUUGACGACGGAAGAUAUCCAGAUGGAAGAAACGCGGGAGAAAAUCGAGCUCUUUCGGAAUUACUAUCUCGUCUGUUUCCGCUCGUUCGAUCAGGAUCCGUACAGUCCUACCUAUCUCGAGCCCUUGAAUAUCUACAUCAUUGUGUUCCGGGAAGGCACUUUAUCGUUCCAUUUCCGAGCGACGCCGCAUCCGCAAAACGUGCGACGACGGAUCAAGCAACUAAAAGACUACAUCAAUGUGACGUCGGACUGGAUCUCGUAUGCGUUGAUCGACGACAUCACGGAUGCGUUUGGGCCGUUGAUCCAGGGGAUCGAGUACGAGGUGGACUCGAUCGACGAGCUGGUGCUGAUCCUCAAGGACGUCGAACAGUCGGACAUGCUCCGCAGGAUCGGCACCUGCCGGAAAAAAGUCAUGGGCCUCCUCAGACUCAUGGGCAAUAAGGCCGACGUCGUCAAGGGCCUCGCUAAACGCUGUAAUGAGAAUUGGUCCGUCGCUCCUAAAUCUGAUAUCGGCCUCUAUCUCUCCGAUAUUCAGGACCAUCUCGUCACCAUGACUCAAAAUUUGAAUCAUUACGAGAAGAUCCUGUCCCGCUCCCACUCCAACUAUCUCGCCCAAAUCUCGAUCGAAAUGACCGACGCGAACAACCAGAUCAACGACGUCUUGAGUAAGUUAACCGCACUGGGAUCGAUCCUAGUUCCGAUGAACUUAGUCACCGGGUUAUGGGGCAUGAACGUGCAUGUGCCGGGGCAAGACAUCACCGAAGGAUACGCCUGGUUCAUCGCCAUCGUCUGUGGCCUCGUCUCGUUUGGAGUCGUCGGCGCGUGGCUGACGCUUCGGUACUUCAAGUUCUCGAACCAUUGA